CAAUCACUUAUAUCUUAGAAAUAACAUUUCUUUAUUGAUUUUCUGGCCAUCUAAAACCUCUAGCUGUUGACAAUAUUAAUAUAAUAAAACCAUUAGAACAUGGAUUUGGAUCUUGUUCACCAGCAAUGAAGUCAACGUUUGGUAUUUGGUGCAUUAUCCAGUAUAUUGAUGGGUUCGAAAGUUGUGACUUAGCCAGAAGAAGUGGUUCUAACGAUGAUUAAUAGGAGUUGAUUGUCUUUUACAAUUUUUGGCAGAAUAGGGAUCUCUUCAUCAGUAUAACCAUUGUUUUUAAAUCAACAGAAUAGGAAUCUCUAAAGUCUGAAUAGACUCUAAAUAAUGCACGAUUGGUGGAAAUUCAUUUAUUUCGGAGUUGACCAUCAUUUCUUUUGGUCCACUUUAGGAAAAAGAAGAUAACCAACCCAUUGAUCACUCCCAUUGAUCUUUAAAAAGUCCAAAAAUCCAAGCUUCUAACAACUAGCAGAUUUCGGCUGUUUUCACGUUUCAGCUGUUGGUUUCACACCAGCUGAGCUAACAUGCCAAAUCAAAUAACCAUCCUCUAAUAACACUCAUCCUCAAGAAACAACAUCGAAACCGAGGAAAGUUUUCCUAACUCUUUUCCAAAUGGCUAAGACAACCACAACCCAAAUAUGUCUACAACUCCCACUUUGCGCCCUUGUCUUCCUUUUCAUCAUUCUUGGCCAUGCAGACUCACAGUCACUACAAGAUGAAGAACAAGCAGUCCUGCUGAGGAUAAAGCAAUACUGGGGAAACCCACCAUUACUGAGUCGAUGGAGUACAGCAUCAAAUUCUCCUCACUGUUCUUGGACAGGGAUCCACUGCACUGAUGGCUCAGUCACUGCUCUGUCACUGUUUACUUUCAACAUCGAGGGGAAGUUCUCGCCUUUCAUUUGUGACCUCAAGAACCUCACAAAUCUUGUACUUGGGAACAACUCCAUCGCUGAUGAGUUCCCCAGGGCUAUCUACAACUGUUCAAAGCUUGAGCAGUUAGACCUUUCUCUGAACUAUUUCAUUGGCACUGUUCCCAGUGACCUAUACCGCCUUGAUAAGCUUACCCAUCUCGACCUUAGCGGCAAUAACUUUUCCGGUGAAAUCCCGGCGACUAUUGGGCAGAUGCAACAGCUUACGUACCUAAAGCUUACCAACAACUUGUUCAACGGUUCUUUCCCGCCAGAAAUAAGUAACUUGUCUAACCUUGAAAUGUUGGGAUUAGGCUUCAUGUCAAACUUUAAGCCAUCCAGGCUUCCUUCCAACUAUACCCAAUUGAAGAAGUUGAAGUACUUAUGGAUUCCCCAGUCGAAUAUGAUUGGGGAAAUCCCAGAAAGCAUUGGAGAUAUGGUAUCUCUGAAUGAAGUGGAUCUAUCAACAAAUGGGUUGAGUGGGAAAAUUCCAAGCAGUUUGUUUAUGUUGAAGAAUUUAAGUAUUCUUUACCUUCACGUCAACCAACUGUCUAGGGAGAUUCCACAGGUGGUUAAAGCUGUAAACUUGCGCGUGCUUGAUCUCUCACAGAACAACUUAACAGGGCCAAUACCAGAAGACUUUGGAAAGCUAACCAAGUUGACUGGUCUGAGUUUGUUUACGAAUCAGUUCUCUGGUGCUAUCCCAGAGAGCGUUGGCCGUCUACCAUCGCUUAUGGAUCUCAAAUUGUUUGACAAUAAUCUGUCAGGCACUCUGCCUCCAGACUUUGGUAGGUAUUCACCGCUCAGAGAAUUCCAGGUAGCUAUGAAUAGGCUUACUGGAAAAUUACCUGAAAAUUUGUGUUAUGGGCGUAACUUGAUAGGAGUUGUGGCUUUUGAUAAUGAUCUCACCGGCGAAUUGCCAGAAUCACUCGGGAAUUGCAGUGCUUUGUUAACAGUAAGUGUGAAGAAUAACAGGCUUUCUGGGAAUAUUCCUAGUGGUUUGUGGACAUCAACGAAUAUGUCUAUCUUCACAUUGAGCAACAACUCCUUUACCGGGGAGCUUCCUGAGAAGCUGUCCUUGAAGCUUUCUCGGCUCGAAAUUAAUGACAACAAGUUUUCUGGAAAGAUUCCUGUUGGAGUGUCUUCCUGGAAGAGUUUGGUGGUGUUUAAGGCCAACAAUAACCUCUUGACAGGUUCUAUUCCUCAAGAAUUAACUACUCUUUCUGGCCUAACAACUCUUUUUCUUCAUCACAACAAGCUUACAGGCUCCCUUCCAUCAGAUAUAGUAUCAUGGAAGUCCUUAAAUACUCUUAAUCUUGCUCAAAACCAACUCUCUGGACCACUUCCAAAGAAACUUGGUUCCUUACCAAGCCUUACUGAUUUAGACCUUUCAGAAAACCAAUUUUCUGGUCAAAUUCCAUCUGAAUUUGGCCAUCUGAGACUCAAUAUUCUCAAUCUUUCUUCUAAUCACCUAAGUGGGGUAAUCCCACGUGAAUUCGAGAACCCUGCAUAUAGCAACAGCUUCUUGAACAAUCCAGGUCUAUGUGCAGGUAGUGGAUCGGUAAAUCUCAGGAACUGCAAUUUUAAUCCCACAAAGUCCAACAAAAUUUCUGUCCAAUCUCUUGCUCUGAUCGUGGCAUCAGUGGUAGCAGCAAUUUUGUUGGCUUCUUGCAUAUUACUUUUUGUGAUCAGAGGCUACAAGAAAAAACAUGGUUUGGGUGCAAAAUGGAAGAUUACCUCAUUCCAGAGGUUGAAUUUCACAGAAUCAAAAAUCCGGUCAGGACUGACUGAAAGCAACCUGAUUGGAAGUGGAGGCUCAGGUAAAGUUUACCGAGUUCCUGUGAAUCGUAUUGGCGAUGUUGUUGCAGUUAAAAAAAUAUGGAACAAAAGGAAGUUAGAUGAGAGACUUGAAAAGGAAUUCAAUGCAGAAGUCAAAAUUCUGAGUUCAAUUCGACAUUCUAAUGUAGUGAAGCUGAUGUGCUGUCUUUCCAGUGAGAACUCAAAGCUUCUGGUCUACGAGUAUCUUGAAAACCGGAGCCUGGAUCAAUGGCUGCACAGCAAAAACAGGCCACCCGCCAUUUCAGCAGGUUUUGGUACUGUCCAAAAUGUUGUUCUGGACUGGCCUAAGAGGAUGCAAAUUGCCAUAGGAGCUGCACAAGGACUCUGCUAUAUGCACCAUGAUUGCGUGCCACCUAUUGUUCAUCGAGACAUUAAAUUGAGCAACAUUUUGCUGGAUUCAGAUUUCAAUGCAAAAAUAGCUGAUUUUGGUCUAGCCAAGUUGUUGAUCAGGCAAGGUGAACCUGCUACAAUGUCAACUGUGGCUGGUUCUUUUGGCUACAUGGCUCCAGAAUAUGCUCAAUCAACGCGAGUGAAUGAGAAAAUUGAUGUUUACAGUUUCGGGGUUGUCCUCCUUGAAUUGGCAACUGGAAGACAAGCUAAUCAAGGUGAUGAACAUACAUCCCUUGCAGAAUGGGCGUGGCGUCAUGUUCAAGAAGGCAACGACAUAGUUGAAGCCUUUGAUGAAGAGGUCAAGGAACCUUGUUACUUGGAAGAAAUGCGCAGUGUCUUCAAACUUGGGAUAAUCUGUACUGGGACACUGCCUUCUACUAGGCCUUCCAUGAAGGAGGUUGUUCACAUUUUGCUCAGAUGUGGCAACCAACUUGCUUAUGGCCAAAAGAUUGUUUGGAAUGAAUAUGAUUUUGCUCCUCUCCUCAAGAACUCUAAGCGUGAGAGAGGUUUAGAAGAGGACAACCAUAGCAGUUUGGCUACCAUUGUAUGAUAAUUUUGUUUCUUAUUUUCUUUGGAAGAAAGGCUAGGAAGGGGGUGUCCGACAAUGGCACACCUCGCUAUUUGGAACAAUAAGGAUGUCUGAAAGUGCUCUUUAAGCUGAUUGAACCAUAGCUUGUACGUCAAGUCCUACCAACUAUGUUACCUUGUACAGAGUAGUACAUAGGGAGUAAGCCAAUUAUGUUUAAGCAAAAAUAAGGACUAUAUUAGUGAUCAUCAUUAAUAAUAAUUCCAAAGUUUUGAACUUAAAAAAAGAA